UGUGUGUUUUACGCGCUAUGUUUACCGCAGUUUACCGAUUACUUUAUUUACUAACCGAAACGUGUUUUUAAUUACUCUUUUUCUCAGUCUCUAGCUAGACAAUUACUUGGUGGUAAAGUAAUUCAUUCAAGUUCAUAAAUGUGAAGCAACAUGAGUAAACAACUUUCGCUCGAUGUGUAUUUCAACAAGUCAAAAUCAAGUGUUAUUUCACCACUUCCGAGCAAAUCUAUCAUGAAUAGUGAUCAUAAACUAACCAAAGUUGGUAAAAAACGUAAUCUAUCUUUAAGAAAAUCUGUUACUCCGUCCAAGGCUCCUAAAGUGACUCCUCAUAAAAACGAUCGAGAGGUCAUAAAUUUGUGCAGUGACGAGGAUGAUGACGAUCUCAGAGGUCAGACAAGUGAUAACAUUACACCGCCAAAACGUGAUGCACACGAGCUGAUUGAUGUGCAAAAUAAGGAGGCUGCUAGUAAGCUUAUAGCAAAUAAUGACAAAAAAGGGCAUGGAAUAGUGAAUUUGCUUACAUAUGAAGAUGAAGAAAUUAGCAUAAAAAACGAAUUUGAAACUCCCAAAAAGAGUGAUGGAAAUGAUACGGACUCAUCACAAAAUACUAUAAUUUAUUCACCACAAACUCCUACCAAAGCUCAACAAACACCUACCAUUACUGCACCUUCAGUAUAUCAAAGCCCUCCAUCAGCAAACAAAUAUUUUUCACCAAAUAAGAAAAGAGCUGUGUUUAAAAAAAAAGUAUCAGUAAGGAAACAGCUGCUUAAAAAUGAUGAUGAAGUAAACAAUGAUGCACUAUUUCACAAUGCUUGUUUAGGAAUGGAUGAUAAAACCAUAUUUCUAUUGAGUAUAGUCAAUAAGUGUAAGAAUAAUAACUCCCUUUGGCAUUUACUUGACGAAGAGUCUCAAAGUUUGCUAUUAAGAUGUAUGCAUGUUGUGAAACCUGGCAUGAGGCUAGUAUGCCGACUCUACUGGCACAAAGAAGGCUGGUACAAGAAGGAAAAACUCAAAUUUAUACUCGCUGGAAACGAUGAUAUUGAUGACCCUACCUUGCAUGAGGUGCUCCAGUCUUUGGAAGAAAAUGGCUUUCUGACUUCAGAUGGCAACAGUCUGUCCUUUGAAGAAUACACUUCUUUAUUGAAUGGUGAUGAGUUGAAACAAAUCUGUAAAGAACUCAAAAUCAAAAUAAGUUCUAAACAGGGUGCCAUCGCAUCUCUAAAGAGUUACAGUAGAGAGAAAAGUAUUGUUACUUUUUUUAACACAAACAAAACUAACAACAAUACUUCAAGAGUAUUGAGAAUCAUGAGCUCAAAGGCUGGUCCUUGCUAUAAACUAUCAGAUGUAGCAAGAAGAACAAUAUACAAAUUGUAUAUUCUGAUGUAUCUUGGAAUUAAUUACAACAUAAUAAGGGAAAAGAAUUUAGAGUUAACACUUCUGUAUGACAAAAUAAACAGAGAGACAUAUCCAGUGGAGGAUGACAUGCUGGAUGACGCAAGUGUUGUAUUUAGAGAGAGAGCUGAGUUUGAAAGUUAUGUAAAGGCCUUUGAUGUUUAUGAGGCAUUCCUCAUUGAAGAUGUUUUAGACAAAAAAAUCAAAACUGUAACAGAAUCUUUUGAAGUAUACAAAGGAACAAGUGAAAUUGAAGUACAACGCCAAAAGUCUAUUCCGGAUUGGUUAAGACGUUACACACCUUUAAAUUUGUAUAUCAAAAUUCUUGAAUCUGGCAUCCAAGAUCUCAAAAAAAUCAAGGACUAUCAGUCAGCUCUUGAAAUACUUCAGAUGCUGAUAUCACAGGACUCAUUCAGACAACACAAGAAAGCAGAAUGGUAUGCUGAGAUGGCUUUAGUUUUGCAAAAAUGUGACCAAAAAGAAGAAGCGGCUGAAAUAUUAUUAGAAGGAUUCAGAUCUAACCUAUCAGAAGAAGCCAAAGAUGUGAUGCGACCCCGCGCUAAACUAGUCGCAAAGCAUACAGCAAACCAAGAAAUGAAGAACGAACUUCUAGAUUAUGCUAGUAAAGAACAAAUAUUGGAGAAAAACUUGCGCGGCGUUCAUAUUUACAAGCAGCCAAUGGAUCGAACACAGCAGAAAGGCAAACUAAAGUUUGAGACGCGCCAGUCUGGCGAGAGAACUGUACAAGAUGUAGAGGAAUACUGCUUGUCAGAAUAUUUAAAUAAAGGCGAAUUCACAAAUGGUAUGCACUGGGAAGGCAGGAUUAUAACGACGAUGUUCUUCCUGUUAUUCUGGGACAUAAUAUACUGGAAGCCUCCCGGUUGCGUAGGCGUGUUCCUGACUCGCUUCCAGAAAUUGCCGCUGGAUUUGUUUUGCGAAAGCUUCUAUAAGAACAGGAGCGAGUCGAUAGAAGCGCGGCUGUCGUUGAUAGAGCGCUCCUCGGUCGAAGAGUUGCUGUGGAUUAUGCAGUCGAAGUGGUGUACUAGGUCAGAAACCGAGCACUCAGGCCUCAGCCGCGACAGCAUGUCGUGGGAGCAGGUUUGCGGCGUGGUCACGUGUCUCGGCGGCGGCGCGCUGGCGGCGUUAUGCCGGCGACUCGCGCGCGACUACCGCCACGCGCACUCGGGAUUCCCCGACCUUACGCUGUGGAACACUAGGACUAACCAGAUAAGGUUCGUCGAGGUGAAAAGCGACACAGACCGGCCCUCCAUGAAGCAGAUUCAAUGGAUGCACUACUUGCAGCAGAAUGGCAUCGACACAGAAUUUUGUUACGUGGGCGUUCAUACAACCAGGUGUAAAGCUAGGUCCAUCUCUUGAUGUAUAUCUUUAUAAUGAUUAUUAUUAUACGUAACAAGAUAUUGUUGUUUAGUACAAGCGUUCAGUCAAAUCGUUUAAAUUGAGGUGCUAUGAAAGGAUAAUAAACUCGAGUUGCAAGCCUGUAUUACUAAUUUUAGUAUUUAGACCAGUAGCCGUUUAGAAUCUAUUUUAGUUGCUGAUAGAUAUUUGAUUGUCGUUUGUUUAUAAAGUGCCAAAGUAUAUUCGUUGGAUCUAAAAUUCCAAAUUGUACGUUACUAAAGUUUAGUUUAUCCUAUUUUGAUGUAGUCAUUACGUUUAAUUCAGAUCAUGAACUUUGUGAUUAGUAUAAUAUGUUGGCUAUAUUAGUCAUAAGCCACAAUUAAGCUGUGCAUUUUUUUGGUGAAAUAUGUUAAGUACAUAAUUAAGAUUGAUUUUAAAUCAAUUUUAAAGUAACUAACAUAAUUUAAAUGUUUAAGUGGUCACUAAUAAUUAAGUCGUUAUAAUAAGUCUUACUUGACAAAACUGGGUGCUAUUUGCAGAGUAAUUAUAAGUGAUGAAUAAUUGAUUAUCAAAUAAAUGAUAUUUUUGUAAAUAA